UCAACAGGUUGCUUUAUCUGAGUUCCACCUGUCCGACGAUGGUUCUCAGGGUAGAGGAGUUUCUGCCUGGUCAUGGUUACAGCAUGACGGUGAGUCCAGCCUCUAGUAGGAUGUUAGGUUAGAGGAACUUGUAGUUAUAUAAAUGUGAGGGCGCUGGCUGGCUGGCUGCAGGAAGUCAUGAUGGGGCUUUACCAAGGACCGCGGCUCCUGGACUUUGCAAAGACCCCUCCGCAUUUGCAGUUCAACAAGUACGUCCUCACCGGUUACCGGCCGGUGUCCACGGCGCAGGAGUGCCUCAGGAGCCUCUUCUACAUGCACAAUGAGCUGGGAAACAUUUACACUCACGGAAUCCCCUUCCUCCUCUUCCUGGUGCUGCUGCCUCUCAGUAUUCCAUGGGAGGAGGUGGACAGCACCUGGAUUUGUGUGGUCCACUACCUGGCCUGCCUGUGUCCCACCGUCGGCUCGGUGCUCUACCACUUGUUCAUGAACCAUGUGGGGGGAGAGCACGUGUACGACACCCUGCUGUCCCUGGACAUGUUCGGAGUCUGCCUGGUUAACACACUGGGGGCACUCCCAAUCAUCUACAUUACCCUCCUCUGCUACCCCGCCGUGCAGCAGACCGCCCUGCUGGCGUACAUCCUCCUCUCAGCCCACGGCAUCUACUACGCCACCACAGCCCGCACAAACGUCACGCGGCUGAAGGCGUUCGUCUGGCAGGCCCUGUUCCGCUUCGUCCUCUUCCUGUUCCGGGUCUACGGGAACGGCGUCGGCAGCCCCAACUCCCUGCGCCUCUUCGUCACCAUGGAUGCUUUCGCCGUGCUGGGUGGACUGGUCAACAUCAUCCAGAUUCCAGAGCGGUUUAGCCCGGGCUUGUUUGACAACUGGGGCAACAGCCACCAGAUAAUGCAUGUGAUGGUCAUCUGCUCGAUUAUCUACCUGCACUGGGGCACCAUGGAGGAUUUAAACUGGAUUAAGUCCUUCCAGUGUCCUACCGGGUGAUAGACGUGCAGCUGGCUCACCUUAAGGCUUUUGCACGAAGGGAAGAGUUUUAAAUAUUGCACUUUAGUCUUCCCAGAAGUCUCUAAUCUAGCCUUUAUGCCACAGAAGAAUUAAAGGAACCCAAAGUUUUGUCACUGCUGAGCUUCAAUAUUGCUGUAUUUAAUGGAAACUCCUGAACAUACUUGAUUUAGUUUGAUUUGCAGUAGCUUUUGACCAAACGGGUCAUUAAACUGAGUUUUAACUGUACAUAAUA